CAAAUCUCGCCGUUUCUCCAUCAACACAUCGCCCUGGUCGCUGUCCCCGCAAUCUGGCCCUCUCCAUUUAAGGACUCGCGUCACUUCACGCUACUUCUGGAUGCGGCUUCUUUCCUUGAUCUCCCUUCCUGCCUGGACCGUCGCUCCCUAUCCUUUCUUUUCUCAUCCUCUGUAGCCAUGGGUAUUCCACUGUUCUGCGAGUCCUCCGCAGAUGCUCCGAAGAACAAUCCCGUCAAAGACCCGUGUGCCACUGCGCGCUCCGCAAUUCGUCGCCAGGCUAGUAUUCGUCGUCCCUCGCGCUAUGGCGGCUCCGCCUUGCGCAGCGCAACCCUCCGGUCGCCUUUCCCUCGUCCGCUAGUAGAUGAGAUUGAGCGUGAGGCGAAUGGUCUUCAGCGUCAUGUGCGCUCUCCGCUUUCGAACUCUAGCAGCGCCGACGACCCGUUCGACCUGGCCCGCGGCCUCCUGGAGUCCGAUAGACGCGAAGCCGGCCAGCGACUGCUGAGCGAUGCGCUCCGUCAUGGGCGGCCUGGUCAGCGAUUGAGGAUACCGCGCAGCUCGGCCCUGCCCGAUCUAUACAAUCGUCCAUCGCCGGGUGAUGACACAACCAACCGGCCUGACCAGACUCAUCCCCAGUUCACACCGCGUUUUGCUCCUGCGAUUGCAUACCAUAGGACCGCGUCUCCCCAAGCGCGCCCAGAAGCUGCUCGUCUAUCUCCAUUCCUUCGACCCGAUGGUCUUGGAACCGAUCUUUCGAUCUCGGCGGGCUUCCCUACCCUGCGACGUGUCGGUGAACGAUCGAUCAAUGAGGCGAAUCGUCCCAACCGCGAGUCGGCUAUUGAUGGUCUUGGCGACCGACAGAGAAGUCUGAGUCCCGAUGACGAUCAUGCCAACGAUGCAUGGGAGACUCUCCUUACCACGAUCACGCCGGAUACCAAUCUUCCUAGUGCUGAUUCGUCCUUCACGUCCGCAUCGGCUUCUGGAACGAAUGCUUCGACCGUCGGGACAUCCACAAGUUCGGCAACCUCGCUGCAGAUGUCCAACCCUAUGGAAUCAGGCACGGGCACGGGCACUGUCCAGAUGGUUCUUGAUCCAUACCCCGAGUUCUUAAAUCCCUGUGACUAUUCAAGCUCCAGCGAUUCCGACAGCGAUUCCGAAACAGGGAUCUCUUCCAAUGCACUGUUCCGCCGCUACCGUCGUGUUCGCCAGAUGGAGUCACUGAGACGUGCUCAGCAUCUCCAGUCAACCAUGAGCAACCACCCUCCUAUUCCUACCAUUUCCUUUGCAUUCUCCGAUUCCUCUUCUACUUCUACCGAUCCAGACCUGCAGCAGAUGCAAGCCAUCUUAGAUCGACUUGCGCGUCGCGAGGAUAUCCCCGAAGAAUGGUGGGCGGCAGCUGGACUGUCCCGCACCCUUGGCCGCCGGCUCGGCGCGAACGAUGACACUAACGACACUGAUAGCGUGGAUGGACCGCUCAGGUCGAGAUGAUCAUGUACCUUUCUGUCACUGUGUUAGAUACCGAGAAUUUAGUUAAUAGGUCAUCUGGGGAUGCUUGUGGUUUCGAGUUGUUCUUAGCGGGGGUCUCUUGUUUGGCGUUAUGGUGUCUCAGCCAGGGUCAAUCGGCUGAAUCAGUUAUGGACGGGAAUUACCCAUUAUGAGAUGGAAUUGAUCUAAAGUGCAUAUCCGGGCACAUAUUGUACUCAUAUAACCUGGC